AAAUUCGCAUCUCUGUUUAAAAUGCCUCUAAUCAAACUAUAAUAGCAAAAAAAAAAAAACUCAGCCACCAUCAUCUAUACUCACAGAGGUAAGGAAGAACGAUUACAGAGAAAGAAAUAAUCAUAGCUGAUUGAAGAUGUUAUAAUCUGAAUGAUUCUGGGAGGAAGAAUCUAAGAGUUCAAAGAGAAAAGAAGAGAUGGAGGUAAUUUAACAGGGGAAAAGGAAUUCAGCUUACCUUGUUAAAGGAUGCAGAAUGACAAUCUGAUUAAAUCUUUGGCCAACAAUUUGAGAGUUGGAAAGAAAGCUUCCAGGACGAAAGAAACAGCCGGUAGCAGCUAAGGAAAAGAGCCGAUCCUCAAAGGUUUACGGUGGUUAUAUAUUCUAUUUUGGGGGUAUCAAAAUAUCGCCCAAGUAGCCUCUUCUACCUUGUGAUUCCGCCACAACACUUUUACUAAAGCUAUCUCUUUGUUCCGGAGACGUCUUACCUCACGAUCAAGAAUUUGUACUGGCUUCUCCUCGUAAGACAGAUCAUUUUGCACUUCUAUUGUGGGGGGUAUCAAAAUAUGCUCCGGAUCAGCAAAGUAUUUCUUCAACAUCAAAACAUGGAAGACAUUAUGAAUGCCAGAAACUCUUUUGGUAGCGCGAGCUCAUAAGCUACCUUCCCAACUCGUCUAGUGAUCUCAUAAGGUCCGGUGAAUCUGGGGCUAAGCCUUCCUUUCUUUCCGAACCGCAUAACACCCUCCAUCGGGGCUAUCUUAACGAAAACAAAAUCUCCAACUUCAAAUUCUAGAGCUUCAGAGGUCUCAUCUAUCAGCUUCGUCCUUCCUGUUUCAUACUAUGAUAUGUGAGAUCUACACCUCCUCCCAUACAACGGCUCAUAUGGAGAUGAAGGUUGCUUGAUAACUAUUCUUAUAAUCAAACUCUCAGAUUAAGGCACUGCUCGUAACCAAUGAGUCGAUAACAUGAUUUCUCCCGGUGGGAGUACUGUGGUGAAUGAAUCCAUAAUCGAGCUAAGCAUAAGGUGAUGCUACGAAUUUAGCGAACUCAAGAGAUACAAAGGCAUGUGUGGCUCCAGUGUCAAAUAACACAUUAGCAUGUCUAUUAAGAACAAGUAUCUGACUGGUAACAAUGUCGAGAUUUAUCGAUGCUUCUUCCUUUGAGAUGGUGGACACUCUAGCAAUAGGGGCCUCUAGUGGUGCUUCAUGAUGUCGUAGUUGGAUCAAUGGUCUCUCCAAAUACACUCCUUAGACAUAUGAUCUUCAAGAUGACUACUAAGUGUAGCAAACUUUAGAACUCAAUAUGCAUUGGACUGGAUGAUUGCGGCCUCAUCUAACUCACGAUUGGAACUUCAUUUAUCUAUUCUUAUGUCCAUGAUGAUGACCAACUCUCUUGUCGUCACCACCCUUAGAGUUCCUCUUCUUGUUGUUUUCCUAGUUCUACGCGUGUUUUUAAGAUUAUAUUUCUAUAUGGUUGAACGUAUGUUGGAACGCUUGCAAGGUAAUACUCCCUUGGAGUACUUCUACCAACACAAUCUACUACUGCAGCAGAGUCUGAUCACCCUUUCUAAAUGGACUGCUAUGUUCUCCCUAAAAGCUAGCAAAAACAUUCUCACUUUAUGUCUCUUUGUUCGGGCAAUAUUACGACAAAGUAGAUUGUGAAUUUCAAUUGAGCACUUGUGGGGAUACUGACGUUAAAACACCGGUUAGCCAACUCCUCAUUGAACCGGUCUAUGUCAUCUAUGAAAUAUUGUAUCUCAUCUCGAAAACCUCCCACCAUUCGAGCAUCCAUUGUCAAGAAAUAAGAACUUUAAACUUAACUUAAAAUACUUACUUGGAAGAUGACGAGCACGUGUACGGUGACAAAUGAAGUUACGGGACAACGUGGGCUCUGAUACCUAGGGUCUAAAAAAUUUGUAGACAAUAUAUAAGGAUAUAUGUAUGUUGAAACUAGCUUGUGAUAGAUCCGCUAAAACUUUGCAAAUCAUGUACUCCGUACAAAAUAGCUACAGUGCUUUAUAUAAUAUAUAAAUUAUAUUAAAUGGUUCACAUUGGGCUAUAUGAUACGGAAUAUAUUUUAAAAAUGUCCUAUGUAAUUUAUGUUAAAUAAUCAAAGCAAAUGACACAAUUUGUUUACUUGUGUAUCCGCAUGCAAAAUAGUUUUUUCUUGCAUUUACGUAUACAUUGGUUAAGCAUGUUCAAUCACCAGUUGUUGCGAAGUCGCGCAAUCGCUUCUACUAUUAUCAAAAAGUGCAUUUGCUUAACGUUAUUGCAUCAUUUCGAUCAAUAAAAUCUAAAAAUGUAAUCCUAAGUUAAGAUUAUAUUCUCUUCGUCUUGCUUACAUCUAAACAGAAUCCUUAAUCGAUUUACCAUUAAGCAUUGGCCUAUGAAAAACCGGUAUAUUUUUAUAACCAUGCCAUGUUUUCAAAUUCAUGCGGUAGAGUUAACCAAUCAAUUGAGAAGAAAAAAACUAUUUACAAUACGGUUACGGUUUUGUAAUUAUAUACUAUUUCUGAUUAAUCGAUACUCCAAAGUUAAUAUGUUACUCCCAAUUUCAUUUCGUUCAAGAAAUCCAAUAUGAAUUCAUACAGUUCAAAUAAAGAGUUUAAAGAUUUUGGGAUGAUGAAGCCCCAUCUUGACCAUCCAUUUGACCAACAACAAUAAGUCAAUAAUAGCAUCUCACAAAAUUCGCAAUCCAUGAUUAUUCGACGUCUCUUGUGAACUUUCUCAAAUUUAAGCUCCCAAUUGCUUCAUGGUAGGCCUAUCUUCACAAUUCAAGUGAACGCGUCUCCACCUACGAAGAUGGUUAACAAUUAAUGGUUAACCUAUAUUAUGAUUAAAUGUUAUUUGAUCAACAGUCGUUAUGGUACGAUCAAUGUAUCAUAUACAUAUUUACUGAUAUCUCACUUAACUAUAAAUUACUUGACUGAAUGUUAAACCGCAGCCACUCCUAAUUAGUACUUCUAUGAAUCUUAUUAACUUCCAUUUACUUUUUUGACUCUUCCUCUCUUUACACUCUGCCGCAACAUCUCGAUUCUUCAUUUUUUCCUAGUAUUUUCAUUUCUUUCUUUUCUAUGCCGUAAUACUCUGACCAACUAGGUUGCUAACUUGCUAUUAAUCCAGAGCAAAUGGAAUAUGAAAUUCAUUAUUACAAAUUCACAAUGAAUUUGAAUACAACACCCGUAAAGUAUGACUUUCAAACAUAUUAGUAGGUAAUCACACUCUAAAGCGUCACAUUAUGUCAUCAAAGGGAUGUAAGACUGGACCAAAAAAAAUUGAGUCGUAUCCAUUUUUGUACACACUUUUGUACAUUGCUUGUGUACACAGUCAAUUAGAAAACAAAUAAUGUCUUCUUAACGAAUUGCUUGUGUACACAGACUAGAUAGAGGGGUGAGUACAAAUAUGUGUACAUAAGUGGGUACAAACAGAUUUUUUGAUAAAACUUUGAAGGUACAUUUUGUUUACGGGCAUAAUAUAGCCUUUCCAAUGACAUCACUUCUUUCUAAUAGGAGUAUGUUUUCGAACUUGUGAUCUUUUCCUUGAUAAUGUUAUAAAAUGUCAUCGCAUCAUAAGGUACUUGACAUUUUUCAAUUGCAUUAUUAGAAUAAGAAGAUUUGAGAUUUAUAUACAAAUGAAAUAAACAUAAAUUAUGGAUCGUUGGGUCACAACUUGAUGACUCACAAUGUCUAGGCUACAAAGCGAAUUAAGUGACAUAUAUAAUUGUAUGUUUAAUAACUUAAGAUAAAAGUUCUUAGCAAAGUAGGUUGGUUGUAUAACAUUGAAGCUUAUUUGGAACGUCAGCCAGAUUUACUAUAAUUUGAAUAAUCAAAAUCCAAAUAAUACAAAUGUUAGACACUACUGGCCACUUGUACAUCAUUUUUAUCAAUUAACAUAGAUGUACAUUAAUUGCAUCUCCCACCUUGUAGCACAAGAGAACCCUAAGCUUGUAAUUAACGAUUUAUUUUAAAAUAAUCACAGCUAACAUCCUUGUAAUAGUCUCAACAUGCCCAGACAACCUCCUCAUGUUAGACUCUAACACAAGUACACCACUCAAAAAUCUUCUCACCUGAUUCGACAUAAAGAUGAUUACCUAAAAGCAAUUUGAGUAAUUAAUCAUGCAAAAGCUUUGAUGAUUAAAUCGUCUCUAGGAGCUUUAAAAUUGAUUAGUAAACAUUAUUUCACCACAAAAUGUCAAAAACUCACAAAAAAGAUGCAAGUAUCAAAAUAAAUAAAUAAACAAAUUAAAUAAAAAAAUGCAAGGAUUAAGUCUAAUACUAGAAACUAGAUUCCCAAAUUAGUAUGCCUUCAAGUAGGCUCAGUUUUAAAAUUUUGGCAAGUCAUUCCAAAUUCCAACCCUUCCUCUUCCUCCACUCUUCAAUUUUUUGUUCUGAGUUGCUUCCUCCUUUCUACCCAUCCAACCCCACAAUCCAAAUUCCGUCCCCCUGCCAACCCCACAAUCCAAAUUCCGUCCCCCCAGGGCCGUCUAAUGAAUUUGGAGUCUCCAAUUCAAAAUGUAAAAUUCGGACCCCGCAUUAAAAUAAAAAAUUAAAAAGAAAAUCAAUUCAAAUACUAAUACUCAAAUCAAUUGAAUACCGAUUAAAAGAGAACUAAAAGAGUAAAAGGGCCAACGAAAAAAAUGACAAAUCUAUAUUUUUCUUCCUUACUAGCUAAUUGUAUUUUACUGAUUAAUAGUAAUAUAUAAUACUACAUGUUACUAAAUAAUACUACUAAUUUUUUUGCACAAAAAAAUACUACUAAAUUUUUAAAAAUUUGGGGCCCAAUAAAUCUUGGGACCCUGUUCUGGAUAACCUAUUGAACCCCCUAAAAAACGCCCCCAACACACCACGGCACCACCAUUUGGAACUAGCCAUUUAUUUCUACUUCCAAUUUUACAGCCCUUAGCCAUGCACAGUCUAUAAAGCCUCUCAAUUAUUCAAUUCCUUAGCAUUUUCGGGAUUUUCUCCAUGUCCAAUAAUGCCACAUAAACAAAGACAAAUUGGACAAUUUUUCAUAUUGAGUUCUACUUCCCCUUUUCAACGUCAAUCUCGGCUUUAGAGGUUUCCCAAUAUCUAGUGUUAAUUACCUUGGUGCAAAUGUAUGAUUUCCACACCCCCAAAUUUAUAUUGAUUUAUAUGUCUGAAAGAGGCAAUGAAAUUUCCAAUUUUUCCGAGAAGGAUUGAGUUAAAAACCCAAUUGGCUAAUUAUGGAACCAAACCCAAAAAAACUAACUUUGCUAGUGGAACAAACAAUGAGAGAUCUACAUCGUCUAACUUAUGAAGCAUAACCAAAUUUGAUCACUCUAAAUUCUAUUCAUAUCAUCCUUAUGGUGAAAUUUUAAAAAAUAAUGUGGCGAUCCCAAAUCGGUAAUCAAGAAACCCUUAAUGGGUUUCCACAUUGAUGCUACAGUUACUUUAAAGAAAAGAAGAUAUAUUAAUCAUUCCAAAGUAAUCAUUCAUAUUGGCAUGAACGGUCGUGUUACAUGUACAUCAAAAUUUGUACACAUUUUGUACAUAGGCGAUUCUUGAACGAACUGCAUGUGUAGCAAUUAGAGAGUGUACAUAAAAUGUGUACAAAUUUUAUGUGCUAGUAGCUUUUUUCAGGCAUGAAAUCCACCCAUUUAGCCGAUUCUGAAGAGGCCCCCUCGAUCAAGCCUUCUUCAUUUACCUCCACCCAUUUUCGACCACAUGCUAGUUCAAGAGCAUCCACUUCUUUUGCUACUCUCGCUCUCUCCUCGCACUCGCUAGUGGUAAAGUAAGAAACUCUUGUCGUCAAACUACGCCUUACACGAUUACACGAGAGGGGUUCUGGAGAGGCGGCACAUCAUCGUUCUUUCCCCUUAUGAGCUUUUAGAUGCUAAAAAAUCAAUUUAAAGAAUGAAUAAAAAUUGAGUGGACAAAUCAAUUUAAAAUCAAUAUAAUCAUUAUGUUGCUCGUGAUGUAAUUAGCUAGUCCAAUUGCUCUUACAAACGUGAUUUACUCUCCAUCUGAACCGAGCGCUAGUAAUUGAGCGGAGAUUCUUUAUAUAAUUACAUACGGAGUAUUACAUAGUGUAUAGUACAUGUCAAAAUGAUCAUACUUCAUCCGUUCCUUAAAACGUUGAUCAACUACAUAUUUUUAUUGAAAAGUAUUUACUACUUAUAAUAUAAAAAUAGCAUGAAAAUGUUCUUUAUUAAAAGUAAUUUUAUAAAAGUAUUUACAUAUCCUCAUCUUGUAUAUCCGACUAACGUGAUUGAUCUUCUUGUCGCCACUUAGAUGUAAUUGCCAAAAGAUUAAAAUCAUUGUUUCUCCGAUAAGAUUAAUAUCUCUAGAAGAAUAAAAAGUAUGGAACUCAAAGAGACAGUCAUUUUGAGAGCCAGCUGCCAUUUUGAGAGCCAGCUGCCACAAUAACCCCUAGCAGGCAACCGUCUUUCUCCAGAAUGACAGUUACAGAGUGAUGAUAAUUGGCAGCUGUCAUUAACAUCUUCUUUGGAAAGUAUCGUGACAUUCGCUGCCAGAGAUUCAUGAUAGGUGUGGGAAGUUGCUUUGGUGCCCUGGGCUCCUAAGUCCUAGCCAACUUCACCUAGCAUGGAGUUUCUGUCUACCUUCUUUUGGGAUGCAUAGAGAAAAAUGGUGGAGGCAUAAAGAUUACUUUUUACUCUAACUGUUUCUACAUGACUACAUCUAUUCAUGAUGAAAUUAGAAAAUAAAUUUAGUAUUCAUCCAUAUUACAACAGCUCAUCCUCCUCCAGAACCACCCAUUCCAAGAAGAAUUUUGUGUCAAUGAUUUAUUCCAACAUUAUUUUUUCUUUAAUAGUACUUUUUUUUUAGUUCGAGUAGUUUUGAUUUAGGUAUUUAGAUAUUUAGAAUUCUUUUGAUGGGUAGUGUUUCAUUUACGGGAAACUAUUUUGUAUGAAGUAGCUAAAUUUAUGUCUAUUCCUUGGUCUUACGAACGGAUCUGUAAUAACUGUCUGGAUGUUGUCUUUUAUGUUAUUAUAGCUUCUAUAUAUUAUACUCCUUU